AGGAGCUCGCGCGCGGCGUUGAGACGAUGGGCAUGUCCGCUGAGGAGGAGCACGCCGCGAGCCCCAAAGAUGAGGAAUGGCCAGAAGCAGAGAAGGCUGAGAAAUUAGCAAGAGGAGCUGCUCUGAAAUGGGCUUCAGGGGUGUUUUACCGCCCCGAGAAACUGGAGGCACUUGGGCAGUAUCGGAGCCGAGAAACAAAGAGGAAUAACUCCAUCCAGGCCCGUCUGAAGUCUACAGUCCAGUCCUACCUGGAAGGGGUGAGCGCAGGGCUGGAGCAGCUGCGGUCAGCGGCCAAGGAAGUGCAGAACGUGUGCCAGGACCUGGGAGCUGCACGGUGGGCCCUGAUAGAUAGUGCCGAGCACUUUCAGGUCUUACAGCAGAUGCGGACACUGAUGGCAGAGCAUGUGCAACUGACCUCAGUGGUCAAGGUGCUGCCCCAGCUGUUCUCGGUCCAUGAGGUUUUUUCCCAUACGCUGCAGCUGCUCCAUGAGCAGCACCUGCUGGAGGCCCAUGCUGAGCUCAUGAUGUUGGAGCACCUCCGGGAUGACAUCCUCUUCCAGCUACAUCUCCGUGGGCUCUCCAGUGCCCAGGCCACUGUGCUGUCCUAUUUCAGUGGCCUGCAGGAGCUCAACGAGAGCCUGGCCAAGCAGCUGUGGGGCAUUGUGGGUCACAGCCUUCAGCUAGUGCGGGAGGACCCAGUCCUCUUUGUCUCUGCUGUAAGGAUCAUCGAGCGUGAAGAGAAAAUAGAUGAUGCUCUGCUCCUGGAUGCCACCUUCCUGCCCCCUGGCCGCCCUAAGGGAUGGAGGCAGAAGUUUUACCAUAUCCUUCAGGAGACCAUUACAGGAUCCCACUUCCUCACUGCCUGUGUGGACACCACAGGCCCAGGGCUGUCCAGACACCUGGCAGCACUGCAAAGAGAAGUCGUGGCUGAGCUGCAUGUGGUGAAGGACCUGAUGGUGCAGUGUGUUCCAGCUCACUACAACAUUCUCAGCAUCUGCACUGCCACGUACCACCAGGCCCUCACCAGCCAUCUCCAGGACAUCCUCCAAGAGGACCUGGACAAACAGGCACUUUUCCUCCUCCUUGAGUGGGUGCUCCAUGUGUACCAAAGCCCAGAGAUGAUGAGUCACCCUGGCCUCCUCCCAGAAGUGGAUGUUUCAGCUCUGGGCCCCUUGGUCUCUCCUGACCUUGUGGAUCAGACAGAGAGGAAAUAUGUGGUGAAAGUCAAGGCCAGCGUGCUUGAGUGGAUGCAGAGAACCCUGGAAGUGGAGUUCAAGGAGUGGUUCAGGGAGGAAGAGCCUGAGAAAGAUCACCAGGGCUUCUAUCAGUCAGCCCUGCCCGUCAUUGUCAUGCAGAUGCUGAGCGAGAACAUCCAGGUGGCCUCCCUGAUCACAGCCUCUCUGCAGCAGAAGGUCUACAGCAUGGCUAUGGAGGAGCUCGAGGCAUUUCUGGGCCGUCUGCGGGAAGCCCUAGUGCGUUGUGGGAAGGAGCACCAGAAGGACCGCACUGUACCCAAGUACUACGUCCCCUACCUGCUCGCCAUGCUCAACAACAACCUGGCUCUCAGCUCCUCUGUCUCCUCUUUGCACCCUGAUACUGCCCACAGGGAAGUCCCCACAUCCCUCCAGGCUGCUCUAGACAGGACACAGAAGAAAGCCUGCCAACUGCUGCUGGAGGAGCUGCUCCUGGAGCUGCAGCCCCUGUGCAUGCAGCUGCCUUCUCGAAAGUGGCUCUCUGGGUCCCAGCUGGUCAGCAGCAUGUGUGAAGUGAUAGACAAGUAUGCAAAGGACUUCUCCUGCGCCAGGAAACCCAUCUUCAUGGUCCUGCUGAUGGAGAGCGAGCGCCUGGUGACAAGCCAGUACCUGCGGGCACUCAUGCAGAAGAAGAUGGUCUGCAGAAGUGCGGAGGAGCGGGGCCAGCUCUGCGUGCGCCUGCUGCAAGAUGCCACCCAGCUGCGGGAGCUCUUUCAUGGCCUGGGCCUGGACAGGAGACAGCAGAGCCUGGAGGUUGUGUUUGCCCUGCGAGAGCUGAUCUGCCUCAAGGACCCAGCACUGCUCAGCCUGGAGGUCCUGAGCUUCAUCACCAAGUACCCUGAUGUCAGCGAUGAGCACAUCUCCACCUUGCUGGAUCUCCGGGGCGACGUCUCCAAGGAGGUGCGACACAUGGUGUUGGAGAUGAUGGCACAACACCCCCAGGCCCUGCCUGACGACUACCAGCCCAUCUUCAGCAUAAUCCUGGUACCUGCACCAGAGCUGCCUUUCUGCCUCCGCAAGGGCAAAUGUGCCUGA